AUGAAAAUAAAUCCAAAUGAAAUUAUUGAAAAAUAUGAAAUUGAAUUAAUAACAAAAAUUAUUCUAAAUUAUAAUUUUAAGAGUAUAGCUAUUCAGUUACCUGAUUCUAUGUUAAAUGAUUCUAUUUAUAUAUCGAACAUAAUUCAGAAUAAAUUAAAAGAUAAAAACAUAAUUAUUAAUUCAAAUAUUGAUGAUAAAGAAAAAUGUAUGAACAGUGUAUGUGAAAAGAAUCAAAUUACCUUAAAAGAUGAAAAUAAUUCAAAAAAUAUUAUUAACUUAUAUGUUUUGGGUGAUACUACAUUAAAUGAAUGUUGUGAGGAUUAUGUAAGUGCUGACCAUGUUCAUGCAGAUUUUUUAAUUCAUUAUGGUAUUUCUUGUCAAUCCUUUAUUAUUCCUUAUAUUCCUUCAAUAUAUAUAUUUAAUAAAAAAAAAUUAGAGCAAGAUUUUUACCUGAAUAUUAAUAAAUAUUUGGUUGAAAAUAAAAUUUUUGAACAGAAGAAAAUUUCUACUAUUUUAUGUGAUGUUUCUUACAGCAAUUCUAUGAAUUCCAUUGUUAGUUCUUUUAUUGAUAAAAGGAGUUUUAAUUAUUCCUUUCUAUUUAAUAAUAAAAUAAUAUUUGAUAUAAACAACGAUAUUUUCACAAAUAAUAGUUUUUAUGAAUACAUUACUGGUGAAAAAGAAGAAAAAGAUGAAGUACAUUUAAGAAAAAAUAACAACAGUGAUGAAAAUGAUAACUUAAUAUUUACUAACAUAAUUAUAUGUAUUCAUAGAAUUGCUAAUAACAUAAAUAAAAAAGUGUACUAUGGAUUUUUUGAUAAUUACAUUACAUUUGAUAUUGAAGAAAAAAUAAAUGAAAAAUACUUUUUUUUAUGUGGAAGAAUAUUAUUUAAAAUUUUCAUUAACGUAAAAGAAAAACAUUUUAUUUACAAAAUAGUGAGUAAAGAUGAAAAAUUAUCACCUGAAGAUAUGAACAUAUUUAUUUUUCCUUCUGAAAAUAAUAACUUUUUAAAUAGAUCUUUAUUAGAAUACGGAAGUAAUUACGAUAUAUUUAUCUAUAACGAAAAAAGCAUUUUUAAAAAGGAAAAUAUUAUAGAUAAAAUUUUAUUAAAGAGAUAUAGUUUAAUAGAAAAAUGUAAAAAUUCAAAUGUUUUUGGUAUAAUAAUAGGUAAUGUAAAUUUGGAUAAAAAUAGAGACUUAAGAAAAUUAAUUAAUUAUAUUUUAAGAAAAAACGGAAAAAAAUGCUUCAUAAUUGUUACUAAUAAAAUAAAUAGUGCAAAAUUAGAAAAUUUUCAUGAUAUCGAAAUGUAUAUAUUACUAACGUGCCCUGAAAAUAAUUUAUUAGAAUUAAAAGAUUUUUCAAAGAAAAUUAUAAAUUCUUAUGAAUUUUUUGUUGCAUAUGAUUAUAUGGAUUGGAACUGCAAAUACUUAUUUGAAUUUUAUGAUUUGUUAAGUGUUACGUCUAUAAAAAAAGAAUUUGAAAGUAUGAAUAAAAAUAAAUAUAUUUUUUGGGAUUAUAAUAAUGAAUUAAUGAGUUUACAAGAUAAAAAAAAAGAUGAAAUUGAUGAGAAAAGUAGUGAAGAAAAUUUAAUAUUAGAAAAAUAUGAUCAUUUAAUUGAUUAUAAUUCUUCCAUUCCUGUAGAAGAUCAAAAGAAAUUUAUAACGAAAUUUCAUGACAAAUCUCAAAUGUGUGAGUAUUUUAUUAAUUCAUUAAAAGAAAACGAAAAAAGAGAAUUUAAGGGGGUUGAUAUGAAUUAUAAUAUUGAUAACAUUCCUAGAAUUGUUCAAGGAUUAAAAGGAAUAGCACAAAGAUAUAAUUCAGAUAUGAAGUUUUUCAAUAAAAAUGAAUAA